AUGGGAGUCGACCCCGGCGUGGACUUAAACACCAAGUCAUCCUCAAACUCUCGCUCGCUUCCUCUCGUCUUUCUCAUUGAAUGAUUUCAGCCUCUCCUCCGAUCCAUUGACCAGCGUCUUUAACGCGCUUCGAUCCACAGAGAGAGAGAGACAGAGAGAGAGAGAGGGAAGGAGAAUCGUCGCCUUCCCUCCACCCCUUCAGCCCUUCUCGAGGCUCUUUUCACCCCAUUUGAUUCCUGUGUUUUUUGGUGGUAUUCUUUCUAUCCACGUAAAAAGUAUAUUAUCUUUGAUGUAAGUAUUAUUAUUAUUAUAUAGCAUAGCUCUCGUUCUCAGUAGCUUCGCUUCUGUUCUCUUUGCUCUUCACCAUAUAUACUUCUAAAAGAGAGAAAGAGAGAGAAAGAAGGAAGAAGAAAGAAAGGUAUCAAAUCUUCCAAUUCCAAUCUCCAACGUAAGUUUUUUCUCAUCCUCUCUCUGAUCUCUUCACUGUUUCUUUUCCAAAGUCUGAAGUUUAAAAGGAUUUAUUGGCUGUUUCUUUCAUCACAAGUCUGAGUUUCACUCCAGAUUUCACCAUUCAUGCUCUUAAAUAUCACAAUUAUGAAUAGAAGAAAUUGUUGUUAGUUGUUAAAGAUGUUUGCUUUGGUGUUUUCAAUACCCUUAAUUAUUGGUUCACUGUAUUGGGUAGUUUUUGUUUUUGGAUGGAAUUGUGUGGUAAGAUAUUGUUAAACAAUCAUGAUGACCUUAUUUCUUAAUUUUGGCCUUUUCUGUGCCUCCCUUAUCAUCAAAUCAAUAAAAAAAAGAAAAAAAACUUAUUUUUUAAUUUAGUUAAUGCGUUUAUUGGAGCUCGGAAUUGUUUUUUCUCUCCCCGGUGCUCUCGAUUUAUAUGCUUAGCAAGUUCCAUAGAAUGAAUUUUCCUUGGAUUUCUGUUGGAUGUCCAUCUUAGCAAUUUAUCAAUAGAACUGAUUUUUUUCGAGUUCUAGAAGAAAUUGACAAAAAAUUUCUGCACUUCCUUCUGAUAUGAAGAGAAAAAAACCAAUUUUUGGCUCUGUUAUCAGUGGGAAGCUUUGGAUAUCUUAAUAUCGUAUUUAUCUAAAUAAAGUCUUUUUGGUUUAGAAGCAAAGUAGGAAUUUCGCCAGUUUUUUAGUUUGUAUAUUUCUAGGGUUUCGUUUCUGUAAAUGAUCUACGUUAUAAAAAAAAGGCAAGAACAUAUGAUCCCAAGUUCCAUUGGCACUGUGUUUCAGUUGUUCAUGGGUUUAUGUAAUGUAUGCAUUUGGCACUUCAAUUUGCCCUUGAUUCUUUUCAGAAAACUAGUUUUGCUACUAUUAAUUGCUUAUGGAUCUGAUUACUUGAUAUGCACAUUCUUUUCAGAUCAUUAUCAAUUCAAUUAGUAAAAACUAGCAUUCAAAAGUUCACUGCUGUUUUUUCCCCUCCGAAUAUAGUUCAAUCUUUUUCAUGGAAUUCAAUAGUAUUCUUAUGUUAAGUAGUUAUUAUUAUGAUUUAUUUGAAGUUAGGGCUUUCCAUUGCUAUUGUGUAUAUGAAACAUCUAAAUUAGUCUAAAUUCUGGAGAGCUUGUUUUCUGACCGGCAUGUUGCAGAGCUUGUUUUCUGGCAGGAUAGGAAAGUUCUGCAAGGUGUGGAGAAGAGGAUAGAUGUCAAUUCUCUUCAGCAGAAUGCAAUAUUAGCACCAGAGUUUUUCCUGAUUAAAUCGCUGGCUUGGGCCUUUAGACAACCAUGGACCGCGGUGCGACUAAUUUCCGGUUUGUGAGAUGUCCAGGAUGCCUCAAAGUUCUAGUGGAGUAUGUUGAUAUCCCCGUAUACCAAUGUGGUGGAUGUGGCAAGAUCAUUCGAGCGAAAAAUCGUUCUGCUGCUGCACAAAAUGAUAACUCGAGAUCGCUAGGAGCAGAUCAUUCUCAGAGUCAUUCCGACGUUGGCUCCUCGGCUAAUGGAUCAACAUCUUCUGUGAAAGAAAUGUUUGCAUGUUCCACAAGUGCACACUCCUCAGAGUUGGAGCAUGAGGAGAAGGAAACCAUGCUCCGAAAUGUCUCCUCCCUUUACUCCGGCGCGAAAUGCAAUCAUCAAGGGAAUGGAGAAACCUCUGGUGAAAAUGGUUCCGAUGCUGAUCAACUUGCUGUCAGAAGCCAUGCAUCCCAGGGCCAACCAGAUGAAGGUGUUCAUUCUAAAGCUGAACCGGAAAAAUCUCUGAAGCUAAGUCAGCAACAUUCUGGAAGGUCGAAUGUAAUGAAUAAAGUGGAAGAACCUCCCGAGUCUAGUGUCGGCCACAGUGUUGCCUCUGAGGAGGAUUUGGUUGCAAGAAGAUCUGCUGAUGUGCUCGACCUUAGUUUUCAGUCUCCAGCGACCAGAAGCUCUCAUGCUUAUGAUGGCAGCAUCUCUUCUUCUUCUGAUGGGCACAACGGUCGUGCCCGGGACAGAUAUCUGCGUCUAUCCAGAAGAACUUUUAGGCAACCAAAAGCAUUGGAUACAGCCGUUAAUGAAGGAAAGGAAGGUGAGAAAGUUUCGGGAAGUAACCAGAUAGCAAUUGAUAUCGAAGCAGGUGUUCAAGCCAGGACCCUCACAUCAAAAUCGUUGAACGAGAGGCAUGGCUCAGGUAUCAUGAGGAUGAAUGAACUAGUGCGAGAGACUUCUUUCGAGUCUGAAGACUUUUAUUCAGUACAGAACUCGAUGGAACCUGAAAGUGAUGGGCCUCCUGGAUCUCCGUCGAGAGGAUCGCAUUUCCAACGUGAUUUUUUCCGGAGCAGAUCAUCUAAAUACCUCAGACAUGGUAGAAUGGAUUCAUCAAGAAGGAUAGAUGAGCUAUAUAAUCAACUUCUUGGACCGCGCAAUCAAAGUGCAGCAGGGGGGAAACCUUACUCGAGAGGUUUUAAUCCAAACUUGCUUCACCAUCCACCUGAGGCAGUACUUCAUGGACCAAGACAAAUUGCUUUCCCACGGUAUCAAUUCUCACAAAUGCCUUUCGUAGGACAGCGCUGCUGUUCCUGUUUGCAUUGCUGUCAGGAAGACCGACAGCGGCAAUUGCGGCCUAACCAUUGCACUGAUGGUAUAUGUGGGGCUCAUGCCUACAAUUUAUGCUCCCAUUCUUCUACAGCUGGAAGCUCAGGCGCGCCUGACCACGAGCAGGAGAAGUUGCGCUGCGAUGAGAAAAGAAAGCGAAGAAAGAAUCAUUGCCGGCCCAUCUCCGGGGGCGCCCCUUUCAUGAUCUGCUACGAGUGUUACGAAUUGCUUCAGCUGCCAGCAGAUUUUCUCAUAUCGAGGAGGAGACUGAAUAGGCUGCAGUGUGCUGCCUGUUCUGAAGUCCUCGAGCUAUCAUUUCCUGCUAUACCUCACAUUGGUCCUCGGUCUCCUGGCAAGGUGGUUCGUCCAUGCAACAAGGUUGGCAAUCGUAUAGGUGUGGAAACUGGAUCAGUUUCUCAUUCUAAUGAUUGCACUCGAGGCGAUUCGGUUUCCUUCUCUGAAGUGUUUGAUGGACUCUCCUUCACCAAAAGCUUUUCUGCAGAGACCGAGCCUGGGCUGCAUGUCUCGAGGAAUUCUUCCAAAGGGAAAUAUGACAAGCAGAAAUUAGGCCUACCGCUUCAUCAGCUCAUGGGGUAUUCUUCAGCCAGCGAGUUGUUAUACCAAUAUUGGGAUCUUGAUGAAAGUUAUGAAAGCAUAGAAUCAAUGGUACCUCAUUCUUGGCGACCUUCUGAGGAGAGCCUUGUGAUCGAUGGCUUGAGAGAGCAACGAAUGAGUAAUUCAUGUCAUGAGCAAACAGGACCUUGUGCUAAUCCAGAUUGUAUGGAAAUACACGAGGAAGAAGAGUCACCUCAGCCAUUGCGAACUAGAAGAGGUUCUUUGUCAUGAUGGAACGGUGAAAGAGGGUACGCAGGAGUUGACUCCAUGAAUUUGAGAGCCUGAAAUUGUAAGUUCAUGUAAAUGAAACUUUGAAAGCAUUAUUAUCCCAGAUCCUUGAUAUUGGCAUGCAUUCAGCGGUUCGUAUGUAUUUUUGUAGCUUUUGUGAAUAGAUAGUUAGAAAACCAUUGUCUCCCUGUUCGUUUAGAGACUCUGAAUAGUAUGCUAUCAUUGUGGACUAGACUUAUUAGAGCCAAGUAUCAGUUUCCUGGUUCGUGGGAUUCUUAUCAUUGUGGUAGAUGAUGUUCAUCUAUCUGGAGAGCCAUUGCUAAGGAAUCUCAAAUCCUGAAUCAUUGUUUUCAGUGGAAAGUUGGUAAUGGAGGUCGGAUUAGAGUAUUAGGAGAUGCUUGGAUUGACAAUUUACCUCUAAUAAGAAGACCGAUGUUCAUUAACUCCAAUAUCCAAAAGCAUGGUUUGCUGUUUUCUGAGUUUAUUUCUCCAAACAGAGCAUGGAAUGAAGACAGAUUACAUCAUUACUCUGUGCCGGAAUUAGUUCAUGAUAUUGUAACUUUGCAUAUUCCCAUUAUGCCAGCAGAUGAUGUGGUGGUUUGGUAUAAACCGGGUUCAUCAAGGAUAAAAGCCCGGAUAGUUAUAAUGUUUACAGAACAGAGCUCUUUUCUUAUCUAUUUGGCAGUUUGCUGUUAGUCCUUGGGUUAAGCUUUUUUUGUUGGAAGAUUGGCUGGAACCGGUUGUCUUGUAAUUCUCUUUUGAUCCAGUCGAAGCUUUCAUGCAAUUUCUUCAGCAAAUUGUGAUCACUGUGACAUGUUGGAGGAUGUGAGUCGUGUGCUGUUGCAUUGUCAUUUGGCUAAAACUACUUGGCAACAACUCAGCUCCAGGUUUGGUCUUAACGCCUCUUUUGAUAACUGAUGUUCUCUCUAUGAGGUGAUGGUUGCUUAUACUGCUUGGUCUCUUUGGAAAGCUAGGAAUGACAGGAUCUUUCGGAAUUCAUAUACAAAUCCGGGUAAAAUUGUUGACCAGGCUUCUCGGCUUGCUUCUGAAUUCAUGGAGUCCAUGUUGGAAGGACCAAUGGGCAAGCCAUGGCUCUCGGAUGCUUGCGACUCUGGUAGCCUCCCUUCUCUUCCUAUUCAAGUUGGUCGGGUAUCCCCUCCCUAUGGGUUGCUUGAUAAAUUUUGGUGGCUCUUUUUAAGGUAACGUUGGUGGCGCAGGAUUUAUUAUGGUCCGUGAUCAUCUUGGGAGGCUGAUCUUAGCUGGUUCAGGAUCCAUGAUUGAUCUGCAAGUUGGGAUUUGUCACUGCUGCUGAAAAUGGAUGCUGCUGGUUUUUGUGCUUUUUGUUAUUGAGCUCCUUUUUUUAUUUCUUAUCUUCUUCUUCUUCAUUGUACCAAAUAUGUGUGUGUGUGUGUGUGUGUGUGUGUGUGUGUGUGUUUUAUGAUUAUUUCAGUUGAUAUCCGCAUCAUUAACUUUGUCUUGUACAUUGGCAAGUCUUAGGGUUCUUAGCUUUCAGAACCAAAGUAUUGCCUGCCUGUGAGAGGUGCUUCAUGUGGAAGGCCCUUGCAUUUGGCCAAUUGAUGGCACAAUCUUAGCUUCUUCCCUAAUAAUGCCUGACAAGUUGCAUCGUUUGAGGUUUCUUCACUUCAUAUAACAGUUUAUUUAUCUAGUGUCUAUCCUGAAUACUUGCAUUACCUGGUAAAACAGUUGUUAUCAAGAAUAAAUUAAGCCAUGGAUCAUUUGCAAUUUUUCCG